AGGAGUCACUUCACUUGAACACCGGUAGUGAGCCACGUAUGGCUGCUUCAAGUCUACUGGCGCAUGUCAAAACUGUGCUUCGUGGAAGGAAACAAGUUUCACGGCGAAGGAACGCCGAAGUCACAACGUUUUAUCAGCGAAAGAAUAUUUGAGAUAACAUAGCGUCUGUAAAGGUUGUGUUGAAUGUGAACAUCUCUGAUUGGGCAGCCAUGCAUUCAUUGUUGAACUCUGAACUUUACAAGUGUCAGGAUUCAGGUUCACGUAAAGUUGAUCUGAAGUUAUCUCACUUGGAUUGGAGUCCUGAAGCCACCCUGAUCCACUUCCAAGGACAGUACCUGGACAUCUAUGAGCUUGACUAUAACAUUUUGCAGCAGGCGAUACAGAGAACACCAAAGACCAGUGCUGCGGUAGAUAUUGGAGAGUUUUGCCUGGUGGAAGAUGCCAACUCAGCCCACUGGUACAGAGGAAGGACCCAGGGUCAUAAAGAUGGCAUAUUUGAUGUGUUCCUUAUAGAUUAUGGCAAUAUCUUGAGUGUGGACAUCGCUCACAUAUCUUCCUGCUCAAAUGAUUUUCUCAUGCUGCCUCCAAAGAUAGUUUGUGGCUUUUUGGCAAAUAUGUUGGUGCUUCACAGUACCUCUGAUUGCGGCGUGGGAGAGUACCUCUCAAACCUGAUUGGAAAAACCACCACGGGUUACAUUGAAGCCUUUCUUCCUCAUGGUGUACUCCUGCUGGAAGUUCCUUAUGUCAACGACGAGCUUGUUAGGCAUGGCUUUGGAAAGCACGUAGACAGAGACACCUUCCUCCUCUUGGUGGAGCUCUUCAUUGAGGCGCCACUCAAACAAAACACUGACAAAUUAAGCAGACAGGAACAUUGUUACAAGUUAUCCGCACUGCAGGUCUACGAGGAAAUUCUGUCAUUUUGCGGGCCCAGGAUGACUUGUGGUAGCCGGGCUAAAGUUAGAGUGACAGCUGCCCUCAAUCCAGGACUUUUUUACUGUCAGGUUGCCAACAAUGAAACGGAUCUUCGGAACGUCUCAAAGAGGUUGGCUGCGGUCUGUGAGUACGGAAAAAAAGACAACCAUCAGAAAAAUCAACAAAACUUGGGUUUACUGUGCUCGGUGAAAAGCAAAAAUGGAAAAUGGUACAGAGGCUUUGUGAAAUUACUUCCAGUCAAAUCACAAGUGCGAGUGUUGUUUAUUGACUAUGGAUUCUCUGAGUGUGUUAAACUUGCCGAUGUCCACAAGUUGCCAUCCGAUUUAUACUUAACCCCUAUCAUGGCGUUUCCAUGCUCACUCUCAGCUCUGAAGGCCAAGGAUGAGGAGGUGAAGGGUCAGCAGUUGGGUUUCCUCAAGGCAGGCUUGUUGGGGGAAAUGUUGGAAGUGGAGAUUGAUAGUUUUGACGAAGAGCACCAUCUAUACUCCGUCUGGGUGGUUGGCACUGUUCAAGAUUUAACAGAAACGGGUCCCAGCCAACAGCUCCCCCCAAUAAAAGCUCAGUCAUGCAUAACUCCAGAAGCGGAGGCCCCCAAGACUGGCCCCCUUUCCUACAAGACAAUCAAAGGCCGAGAGCUGGUUAAAACUCUGGACGAGGAGGAGCUGCAGCUACAUUCUGUUUUUGAGGGCUACUUUGAACAUGCCCUAAAUCCACACAACUUCUGUAUUCGAACACAGAAGCGAAAUGAUGAGUUUCAGGAAAUGAUGAAUAAAAUGUCAGAACACUUCUGUCAAGUGGCGCUGGAGGAGGACAUUUUGUUAAACCCUAAACCAGGCACACUUUGCUGUGCAUUGUAUGAUGCUGACAUGCGUUUCUACCGUGCUGUCGUCACUGACGAACUUCAACAUGGAGCUGAAGUUCUAUUCAUUGACUUUGGCAAUGUGGAGAAAGUGCCUCACAAGUUUAUCAAAAAGAUUCCAGAGACAUUUGCCGCCAUACCGGCAUUUGGCAUCUGUUGUACUCUUGUUAAUGUUUUACCUUUGGAUGAUGUGUGGACCUGUUUGAACUCAGACUUCUUCAGAGAGGCUAUUUCCAACAAAGCCCUGCUAGUUCACCUUGUUCACAUAACAGAACACAGAUGUGUGGUGGAUCUCUACGAGAUGGUAAGUGAUAACAAUUUGAGUAUCAGCGAGCUCCUUGUGUCCUCCAAGCAAGCAUACUACUGGAACAACAUUCCCAUAAAGCCUGUGGUGAAAACCAACAAUCAAACUCAGCAGAACUUCACAAAGAAGCUGGUGGAGCAAGGCCUGGCGAGAGAAGUCCCCGAUUCAAGAAAUCACGAUCUUCCGAAGUCCUUUGUCUACUCUUCAUUUGACUUAGCCUCUAACAAUGAGAUACAAGUCUAUGUUACUCAUGUCAGCAGUGAGUUGAACGUCUACUGUCAGCUUGAACGCAACAUGGAAAUCCUCAAAGAACUUGAGGUGAAGAUCUCGGAGGAAAGAAAGAAAGUAAAGCAUGUAGGUAUGGAAAAUGUUCCAAUUAAAGUGUGCCUGGCAAAGUACUAUGAUGGAAAAUGGUACAGGGUUUUGGUCAGCCCUUCCCCCUCCCCUCUGCAUUUCAGUGUCUUCUUUGUGGACUAUGGAAACACAGGUAUCUCUGAAAAAAGUCAGGUGGUGUCCAUUCCCAGAGACUGUGAUCAUUUGUUAUCCACACCCAUGCAAGCUUUGAGGUGUAACCUUGUUGGUGUGUCCAACAAGGAGUUCUUCAUUGAAGUAAAGACAUGGCUGGAUGGGUCUGUCCUCAACAAGCAACUAAAAGCCAUCAUAGUGCAGAAGUGUGACGAUGAUUCGUUUGAUGUGGAACUGUUUGACGGCAUUCUUAACAUCAAUAACAAGGUAAAUGAGCUCAUUGACAGCCUUUCAUCCAAACCAAAGAUCGAGUUUAGAUUGAUCAAAAACAAAGAAAACAGAGGCCACAAAGAAAGAGGACGUUCUUUGGACAAAAGAAAGAAUCUUCCUAAAAUGAGGGGGUCUUACUCUCCCACAUUUCAUGGACAGAGAGGUUCUCAUGUCAGAGCAGGACCUCAGCGAAGGAAGGACUAUGUAAAAGUGUCCGCUAACAAGCACACAAAGACAGCACAACUAAGAGAGCAGCGUUGCAUCACCGCAAAGACAACAAGCAUGACAAGCACUUUAUCAAGGAAGCCUCAGAACGAACUGAAAGCCCGUCAACAACAAACUCCAAUGCAGAAUUACAAAACGGAAAAACCUUCAGCAGACGUGAGCCCUCAACUCCCACGUUUGCCAAAGAGAAAGGAGAAAGCAGGCUCUAGCAUGAUGUGUUAUGUUACACAUGUCAACUCGGUCAAUGACUUCUUCCUUCAGCUCUCUUACGAUGAACCUGCCAUCUUGAAACUGGUGGAUGAAAUCAACUCCAACCUUCUCUCCUUGAAGGCGGCCCUUUCUGUGAGAAUCAGCGACCUUGUUCUGGCUCAGUAUGACGAGGAUGCUGCUGUGUACCGGGCAGUGGUGAAGGCUCACGAGGGAAACUCUUGUUUCAAAGUAGACUUCCUGGACUAUGGAAAUUCUGCAGUUGUUGAGAAGAAUGUGAUCUACAUAUUUCCCCCGGAGUUUCUCUCUCAGCCACCUUUCAGCAUCAGGUGUUCCUUGAGGGACUCCAGCCUUUACAACAGCGAUACUUCUUUUUCUGAUGCAGUCAUGGAGAAGCCUCUCAGGGUUAAUUUUGUCCGAAAUACUGGAACUUACUGGGAAGUUGACAUAGAGGUUCUCAACCAAGUAGAAACACCUGAACCAGCCUUUGAAAGUGAUUCUGAAUCCUGGAAAGAAGGGGAUGCCCCUACUGCACCUUUAUUUGACGAUCAAGACAAAGUAAACUCUUGUGAUUUCACAGAAAAGGAACCAACAGAAUCGCAGACCAAAGACCUGAUCCUGACGGCGUCUAAGACCUUGACACUUAAACAUAAGGCCAAGUAUUUUGCAAACAUUAAAAGCAAAUCCAGGAGGAUUCCAAAAAAACCAUCAGUAUCCAUUAAAAAGAAGAGUGAAACCCUCAUCACUCAAGCAAAACAGGUUGAAGAUGCGGUGGUACUGUCAGUCUUGUCUCACGGUCAUUUCUACGUCAGGCCCAGUAAGAUCAACAGCCUGCUUGCCGCAUUGGAAUGCUCCAUAGCUGAGAACGUACACCAGUGCGAGGUGGUGGUUCAGGAGGACAUUAAACCAGGCUUUAAAUGCUUAGUUCAGAUCCACAAGGACGCCCAAUGGAAGAGGGCUGUUGUUCAACAAGUCAGUGAAGGGAACUAUCAUCUCUUCCUGGUGGACGAAGGAUUGACUUUGCAAAUGACCUCACACACCCCCUUGAAAAGGCAGUUUAAUGAUGGGACGACUAUCCCCAACCUGGCUGUUUUGUGUAAAAUGAUCAGCGCCAAUGGAGGUGACACUCUCAAGACAAUGAUAGGCCAAGACGUUCAGCUGGUCUUUGUGACUUAUGCAAAGUCUAACCACUUCUGGGUGGUUCAGCAAAUUAUCCCACUGCCUUAUGAAACACGAAAUCAGUCCUCAGAGGAACUCUGCCCAGACACAAGUACACCUCAGACUAUUGCCUUUGCUCCAGUCUCUCUGGACAAAGAAUACUUCGGUUUUGCCACUGAAGUGACAACACCCUCUGACUUUUGGGUGGUGCUCGAGGACUCGCUGCCGCUGAUGAACCAAGUGGCUUUGAUGUUGGAAGACCUCUCAGAGGGUCUGCCGCUCCUUCCCAAACAUUCCCUCGCGCCUGGUGCCAGCUGCUUGUUUCAGUCUGACCUCAACAACAAUAAGUGGUGCAUUGCAGACAUUGUCCAAGUGGACACUUCUGUGGUGCUAAACCUGGUUGACUACGGCCUUAGUGUACGUGUGCCUUAUGAAGACUGCGUCAGCUUAAGAACUCUUCCAGUAGAGCUAAUGAACCUCCCAAAGAGGGUGUAUCCCUGCUGCCUUCGGGCAGUGAGGCCAGUUGGAGAGGACCGCCAGUGGAGCCAGGAGGUAUCUGUCCACUUCCAGAAAUGUUUGGACCAGAGCUUUCAAGUUGUCUUCCGGGAAGGUCUGUCAAACUCACGCUGGACUGUAGACAUUGUCAUGGAUGGGGUCCAUGUUGCCAAAAGGCUGGUGGACGCUGGACACGCCAAGUAUACAGACGCCUUACUGGGCCUCAGGUUCCAGGGGCAAAGUCCAAGUCCAGUUUACAGACCUGACACGGAGGAAGGAAAUCGCCUUGAAGCUUCCAGCCAGGACUCAGCAGAAGGUUCUGGUGACAUCAAGAAGAAGUUAGCUAGCAAGUCCCUGGCAACCGGCCAAUGUGUUCUCCAGUGACAGCGGUGAUGAGGGAUUCCAUACCAGAGAGUUGACAAAUUCAACAGUAAAGUUUUAUCUAAAUAUAUAUUGGUUGUUUUCACUUAUUAGUCCAAGCUCACUAUACAAUAUAAAUAUUUUGUUAAGAGUUUUAAUUGUUAACAUUUAAAAGAAGUCAAUGAUUGUUUAUUUUAUUUUUACAUAAAAGUUGAAUUACAAAUGAGUUCUGGUGUAAAUUGUGUGCAAUUGAAGAAAACAUCUGCAUUCAUAAUAAAUAUGCUGAAUUGUUUUGGUUCAUGGGCAUAAAAAAUGUGUCCUCUUAAGAAACCAUUAGUUUACCAUUGAUGUGUUUAACAUC